CCCCCCACCACACAGGAGCUGCGGCGGAACGUUUCUAUCCUAUCCCCUGUUUCCGGGGGGAAUUCCUAUUGCGGCGCUCUGCCCUUCCUUGGUUUCCAUAGGAACGGAGACGCGGCCAGUUCAAGGCGACCCAGGAAGAUGUCCAAGAUAGAAGCGCCGUUCACCUUCCACCCCCUGCCGGACCGAACCUUCAGCUUCCUGGAGAAGACAGACACCCGGGAGCUGCUGAGAAAAUGGUCAAUGAAUGGUAGACUAACGGCACAAGUCUUUUUCUAUGACCAGUAUUUUCAGUCCUAUCAAAAAGAUGACUUUGUCCUGGCAUUUUUCCAGGAUCCAAAUGUGGUUUCCCAUUUAAAAGUUCUUUCCAGCUCAGGACAGUGGACUACAUUGGGACGCGAAGUUAAAAAGGUUGACGUAAAAGAAGUGCCUUGUACUCAGCUGUCAAUGUCAAUAUUUGACCGUCUGCAUGCAGAAAAUCUUGUCAAGGAAGGCGGAUAUAUUUCCAAGUGUCUGGAUGAAUAUGUAGAUGACUUCAUUAUCUCAGAUGAACUUCGGAAAGUCCUUCUUGUAGAAGACUCUGACAAGUUCGACAUUUUCAGCCCAUCAGAUAGAGAACAGUUUAUUUUCCUGCUUUUCAAACAUCUUUGCCUUGGUGGAGCAGUCUGUCAGUUUGAAGAUGUGAUUAAUCCGUAUAUAGAUACAACCAAAUCGAUGUACAAGGAGCUGCUAAGUGUUCAGAAAGAUCCUGAGACAAAACAAAUAAAUAUCAUAUCCUCAGUUUUCAAGGUCUUGGCAUAUGAUGAAAAUGGGAUGUGCUAUCCAUCUACCAAGCCUCACGAGCAGACAUUUGCCUAUCUAAUUGUGGAUCCACUAAAGCGUCAUGUUUCUGUGCUCUACCAUAGUUAUGGUGGCGGAAUCUUCUGAAGCCAAAAGCUAGAAGAGACUUGGUGCUGUGUCUGGAGUGUGUAACUACCUGUACCAUAAUAUACUGCAGUCCGGAACACUUCUGCUUUUGGCAUGUUUUCCUGGUUAUUACUACAAAUGUAUUUUGUGACUGUACUCAGCAUUUCCCAUCUAACGUUUAGAUUAUAUAAAUGGAGUCCAGUUGUAGCUACGAUGCCUUGCUGACUUCUUUUUAUGCACAGAAUAAUACAGUGGAUUGUAAAGGUA